AUAUUUAAAUACUAUUUAAAUGAUACUUAAAUACUGUGUAAAUGAUAUUUAAAUACUAUUUAAAUGAUAUUUGAAAUAACAUAUCUGUUUAUAUGAUAUUUAGAAACUGUUUAAAUGAUAAUGUUGAGAUACUAUUUAAAUACUGUUAAUAUAAAAAAUCAUUUGUUAUUUAUCAAUCAUUCAGUAAAGAUAUUUCUCAUAUCAUUUUUCAUUUUGUAUUGUUUUAUUCUGAGAAUUUCACUUCCAUCUGACUGUACAAGAUGAAUUUUGAAUAGUUUUCAGUAUGAUAUAUCUUAUUAUGUUUUCUCUCUCUUUAUAACACUGGAUACCACUAAUUGCUUAAAUAUAAACUAGAACUCUUUAGGUAAAAGUAAAUUGUUUUUUUGGAUGCUUCCAGUAUUUUAAAAAAUGUCUUAAAAGCCUCCUAUCUUUAUUAUUGGUAAUAAUGACAGGCCUUAAAAUCUUAUUUUUUAUACACACCUAAGGAAUAGAUCUUUGCAUAAUUUUAUAGUUUCUAAAUUGAAUUUCCAAUAGGUUAAUAAAUAGUUCAGGAAUCAGAUGGUGUUUCCAUUAUAAGUUUAAAUUGAGUCAUUUGUUGUAUAGUUCAUUUUGUUGUUUAUUUCAUUUUAUUUUUCUAUUUCAUCAUUCUUUUUGUAUAUAUUUUUGAUUACCAUUUAAUAGAAA